GGGAAACAGAACAGUGAGGGAGCUAGCAGCCUAGCACAAGAAACCAAAAAGGAGAAGUGAAGAUGAAAGUAAUUUAGUUGCUAUCUUCAGAAGUCUCCCUUCCCCUGCUUCUUCUCCAUUUGUCCCCUGCAGCCGAACCCCGACAGACACAGCGAGAAUCGGAGGGUGCCAACGUCACCACCGCCACGUCUCCGAGAAAUCUUCCGAACCCAUUUUUUUUUAUUUUUAUCUAUUUAUCUUUUUUCCUUGUUUUUGAAUUCUGUUUCCACGGCAGUUGACCUAAUCCGAUUCCCAUACAAAGAGGCGUCUCACGGAGGAAGACAACAGGCGCACGCACGGGGAAGGAGAAAAGGGGGUGUUUUCCGAAAUGGGUAAUUCAUUUGGGUGCUCGGCGUCCGGGGAGAGGUUAGUAUCGGCGGCUAGGGAUGGGGAUUUUGUCGAGGCUAAGAUGCUUCUUGAUUGCAAUCCAUGUCUGGCUAAGUAUUCGACUUUUGGAGGGCUGAAUUCUCCCCUCCAUUUCGCUGCUGCUAAAGGCCACAAUGAGAUUGUUGCUUUAUUGCUUGAAAAUGGAGCUGAUGUUAAUUCGAGGAAUUACUGCGGCCAGGUAUCAUAUUUGAUGAUUUUCUCAUCUGGGUUUUCUUUUCCAUUGCUAAUUGUUUUCCAUUGGAGCUUGCAUUUUUGGGACCAAUUUUUUUUGUUUUAAUAUGAAAAAGUCUUAAGCUUGGGGAGAUUUCCGUAAUUAGUUCUCCUUUUAAGUCCUUUCUUUUUUCCUAUUUGUGCUUGUUUGAAUGGAAUUGAGAUUUUAGAUUUGAAAUUGUUGCCAUGGAACUGUUUUCAAAAGAUUCUAGUCUGUUGACCCGGAAGACAAUUGAUCAGCUUGAUUUGGAAAUGGAUUGGAUUUGGAUAGAUUCCAAUUUCCAGGAAACCAGAGCUUCCUUUUUAAUAGACAACAAAUGUAUGGAUCUGGUCUAAUCAUUCUUAAUGUUUGUCUUUGAAAGACGGCAUUGAUGCAAGCUUGCAGAUAUGGGCAUUGGGAAGUUUUACAG